CGGCGUGACGAUGACCAACGCUGACCUAGCUUUUAUUUACGCGUGCUUGGCGUGCUUUUGUGCGAGACGAUGUUAUGAGACUCUUGCUUUCAAUAACUUAAGUGUUUCGUGUAAUUUUUCUUCUGAAAUAAUAAAUACAGAAUAUAAGAAUUAGAAAUAUCAAGGAUACAAACAGUUAUUUGUAUUUUUAUAAAUAUAUAUUUUCUAUCAAAAUGAGGUACGCUCAGUUAGUAAUGGGUCCAGCCGGCAGCGGCAAGUCCACUUAUUGUACAACCAUGCAACGACAUGGUGUUGAUUCAAAACAAACGAUAGACGUUGUGAAUUUAGAUCCUGCAGCAGAAUAUUUUGAUUAUGAGCCUUUAGCGGAUAUAAGAGACUUGAUUCAAUUAGAUGAUGCCAUGGAAGACGAUGAAUUCAACUUUGGACCCAAUGGUGGACUUAUAUUCUGCAUGGAGUACUUGAUGGAAAAUGCAAAAUGGCUGGAAGAGAAAUUAGGUGACGUAGACGAUGAUUAUGUAAUAUUUGAUUGUCCAGGACAAAUCGAAUUGUAUACUCAUAUGACUGUGAUACGACAACUGAUAACCACCCUGCAGAAUUUGAAUUUCCGUGUAUGUGGAGUAUUUCUGAUAGAUGUUCAAUUCAUGAUAGAUGCGUCAAAGUUUCUGUCAGGCACUUUGGCAGCCCUUAGCGUAAUGAUAAACUUAGAAAUUCCACAUAUUAGUAUUCUCAACAAAAUGGACUUGCUUUCAAAAAGCGUGCGAAAAAAACUAGACAAAUAUAUCGAUCCUGAUCCAGAUAGUUUAUUAGCAGAUACAGACGAUCCAUGGAACGAGAAGUAUCGCAGUCUUACAGAAAGUCUUGGUAAAAUUAUAGCAGAUUAUAGCUUAGUGCAUUUUUUGCCGUUAAACAUCAAGGAUGAGGAAAGUAUCGCAGAUAUAAAGUUAACGAUUGAUAAUACCAUACAAUAUGGCGAAGAUGCAGAUGUAAAAAUGAGAGACUUUGAUGAACCAUGCGAAGAUAACGAAACUGAAUGAAUCUUAAUCAUUACAUAUAAAAACGAAAGUUAUUUUACACAUUGUAUGUAUAUAUGUACAGUUUAUUUUUUGAAAUCAAUUAUUAAAAAAGAAAAUUAAAAAAAUGUUGCAAGCAUAAAAAUGCUCCGCUAAUUUAUAUUGUUAAUUUUUAUAAAAUUUCCUUUAUACAAUAUUUCAUAUUAUACUGAGUCUACGUAUUAUACUUUCAUCUAUCAACAUACAUAUCUAAUGUGUUAAAUACAAACAUGAGACA